CGUUCAGAAUCGUUUUUCGUAUACAAUGAUACCUAUCAUUGCAUUCCAAUUUAAUUUACCCUAGUCAGAGGCCCACCCAUCCCCUAAUGUACAGCAGAGCGACAUCCACUUACCCGCAUUAUUUUUAUUUUUAUGCUUUAAGAAUAUUGUGGGAUGUUAAACAAUAUGUAUUUAAGUAUAAAUAAGGAGGUAUUUAUCGUUAUUCGUUUCGAAUGUUACUCACAAACGUUGACAAAUAUAUCCAUUGUGAUCAUAGAUAAUUCUCCGGAAGGAAGACCUGAACAAAAUAUAUAUAUACGUUAUAACCAACAGCUAUUGUAACAUGCUUAUAUAGAAUAUAAUAUAUUAUAUAUUAUUGUAUGAUAUCAUUUAUAAUACUUGGAAACAUGAAGUUGCCAACAUUGUGGAUGAAAUCAAAUAAAAAUGAUUUUAGCUAUGGAAUUGAUUCCACCAUAGCGCAGAUMUUGGCUUUGACGACCACCUAUCUGUUCAGCAUAAAAGUCGGCGUCGACAUGAUGACACCAACGAUAAUCAUUGGUGCCAUUACCGACAAACACAAUGACACCGCCUAUAACCCUCUAUCUCAAAUAUCGGAAGAACAGAUGUCCUGGAUAGGUGAGAAUCAAAAUACCCCAGAUUCACCAAUGUGGUUGAUGUCCCAGGGUAGAACGGAUGAGGCGAAGAGUACAUUUAACAAACUCCGAGGUGGUGUUGGUGAGGAUAAGUGUGCUGUGGAAUUUCGGGAUAUGAUUUAUUAUACAUCCGAAAUUAAUCUUCCAACAGCUGGAGAAAAACAGGAAAUUUCUUCUAUCAACGAUUCAUUGUACUACUUCAUUAAACCGGAAACGUUAAAACCUUUGCAGCUGCUCAUGAUAAUGAUUUUCUUCACCAAUCUGCUGUCCGGAAUACCUUAUACACCGUAUCUGAUAUCCGUAUUCGAUAAAUUCCAAGUGUCUUUCCAUCCGGCUUGGGCAACGACUAUGUACACGGCUUUUAGCGUCGCGGGAAAUGUGCUAACCAUAUGCUCAAUAAACAAAUUGGGAAAAAGAUUUUUGGCUUUGUGCACAAUGGCUUCUUGUUCAGUUUGUUACCUGUCAAUCGGGAUCGUCGGAAACAUAUUGCCGUCGUCUCCAGUCACGUCAUGGAUAAAAAUUGUGUUAUUUUUUUUAUCGACUUUUUUUUCGUCGAUGGGAAUCAUGCCUAUAGUGUGGAUUCUCAUGUGCGAAAUUUUCCCGAUGAAAAGUAAAAACGUCGGUGCCGGUAUAAGUUCAGCAACAUACUUCAUCUUGAGUUUCCUGAUGACCAAGUUCUAUUUGGAUCUCGAAGUGAUUACGGGCUUCUAUAACACAUUCGUUUCUUUCGGGGCCUUAGGCCUAAUCGGUCUGGUUUAUUUGUACUUUCAACUCCCGGAGACCGARAACAAGACGCUUAACGAGAUUUCGGAACACUUUAAAUGCAAAAACAUGAAAGCUGAUGUGCAACCGAGUCCGGCUUAAAAGUAAAAAUAUUAUUAUGUGUUAACAUUUUAAGAUUUUAACAAAACUAUUAUUGUUGGUUAUUAUUAUUAUUAUUAUUAUUAUGUAUAGACCUAUAGCAUUGGUCAUUGUUAAUUUCAAACGCAAGUUUUACGUCUUAUGUUUAAUGCAUAAUAAUUGGUUAGGUUUACCGUUUAGUGAGUUUAAAUUCGAAUGCGUUUUCUUAUUGUUAUGCGCAGUGGCGCCGAAGUCCUAAAAAUCUAGUAGGGCAAAAAUAUUUCAAGAGGCUCAACAUCUUAAUAUCGG